AUGGCUUUGGCCGCUUUGAUGGAUCUCUAUAAUGUCCUCGCCACAAAACCCGAGAAGGAGAGGAUCACUCCGGAAGAGUCUAGUAUCAUAGUCUCGUGCCAUCUCAAAGUUUUGUGGACAGCUGGGUUUGCCUCUGGUGUAGGAGGAGGUUUAGGCUGGCAAGUGGCAAAAAGGUUGAAAAUGCUGAGGCUUUCUCUUACAGCUGGAAUGGCUACUGCGGCUUUUGCUGUUGCUUGGAAUCAGGCGGGCUCGACAACUGCAGUUUCAUGCCUUGAUCAUAUCCUUAGGCAAGAUGCAACACGAAUGCAGAAAGAGCUUGUCAAUGUGCUAGUGAGGUCCAAUAGAGGUGAAGGUUGGAGAUGGCAGCUAAUGUCCAAGCAUUUCUACCCUGAAGCUGUUUACAGCGAUGAAGGAGACAAACCUCAAAUGCGUUGGCGUAGACGAAGCACUUUCACUGAAAUCGCCGCUUCUUAUGAUGAAGCCACCAAACCUCAGAGAAUCUCCAAUGGCUUACCAAACCCUCAUAGGCAAAGCACUUCACAUGGAUCUGAUACUUCAAAGACUAAACCGAUGCUCCAGAAUAGCUCUGGGAAUUCGGAUGGCGAAAUGGUGGAAGAAGAAGAUGCUCUUGACAUUAUAUUUGGUGGUGGUUCAGAAUCAACAGAGCACGUUCCUGCUCCGCCGGUUAAUCCCAAGGUCUCAGGCAAAACGCAAACUCGGAAACAGAAAAGAGCUCAACGAAGACAAAGACGUAAAAACCGUGAAGCUUCCAUUGAUACUCCUCAGUACGAACUUGCAUAG